AUGACUGCCAACAGUACGCUCGUGUACAAAAGCAUCCCCAAGGGAUACCCCGUCCCCGGCCAGGACGUCCUCGUCGAAACGCGCGAGAUUGACCUCAACAGCGUCCCCCCCGGCGGGCUCCUAGUCGCGGUCUUCUACGCCUCCUUGGACCCCUACCUCCGCGGCAAGAUGCGAGACCCCAGCAUCCCGUCCUACACGCCUGCCUACACCCCAGACGAGCCCAUCGCCAACGACACCAUCGCCAAGGUCCUCAAGAGCGACCACCCGGACUUCCGGCCCGGCGACAUGGUCAAGUCCUACGGCCCCAUCGCCGAGUACGCCGCCAUCCCGGACCCGGCAUCCCAGCGCGUCACCAAGAUCCACAACCCGUACAACCUCGACCUCGCCCUCUUCCUCGGCCCGCUGGGCAUGCCCGGCCUGACCGCCUGGUCCAGCCUGUACGAGAUCGGCCGGCCCAAGAAGGGCGAGACCAUCCUUGUCAGCUCGGCCGCCGGCGCCGUCGGCCAGCUGGUCGGCCAGAUGGCCAAGAAGGAAGGCCUCCGGGUGGUUGGCUCCGUCGGCUCGGACGAGAAGCUCGACUUUAUCACGCGGGAGCUCGGGUUCGACGGUGGCUUCAACUACAAGAGGGAGCGGCCGGCCGACGCGCUCAAGCGGCUGGCUUCGGACGGCAUCGACAUUUACUACGACAACGUCGGGGGCGAGCACCUGGAAGCAGCGCUCGACGGCUUCAAAGACCACGGGAGAGCGGUUGCCUGCGGAAUGAUCAGCCAGUACAAUACGGAGGAACCGUACCCUAUUCGCAACCUGAUGCAGGUCGUCACCAAGCAGCUCACCAUCCGGGGAUUCGUCGUCGGGGAUUCCGACUUCGGCCCCGCCUACCACAAGGAGCACCAGGAAAAGCUGCAGAAGUGGUUGGCGGACGGCAGCUUCAAAGCCAAGCUUCAUUUCAUCGAGGGCAUCGACAAUGCCGCCGAGGGGCUGGUGGGCAUUUUCCGGGGCGAGAACUUUGGCAAGGCUGUGUUGCGCAUCAAGUAG